AUAAAAGCACAUUGAGCUGUUUACAGAGAGACGCGUACAUUAUAAAAGGAGGAUGGUUGGCCUGUGGCAGCAGUACAGGCGAACAGCACUGGAGUGAAGCACGCAGCUCGCAAUUUCAUUCCGCUGUUCACUUCAGUAAGGAAAGGAAUACUGUCCGCCUAGAAAACCCUGAUUUCUCCUGGAGAAUGGACUUUAACGUGUUCUUUUCCCUGCUCCCUCUGUUGUGGGGACUGCACUUUUCAACAGGUUCCCCCCUUGUGGGUGCAGCAGUGACUAACUCUCCAGGCUCCUCUGCUAGCCAAGCUUCCAGCCCGACUGCCCGCCGGCUCAGCCGCACCAAGCGCUGUUCCUGCUCCUCUUUUCUGGACAAGGAAUGCAUCUACUUCUGCCAUUUGGAUAUCAUCUGGAUCAACACACCCGAGAGGAUUGUCCCGUAUGGACUGGGCAGUGUCCCUCGGGCCAAACGGUCCCUGAAGAAAAAAUUGGCAGCGCCCCUGGGACAGCGGGGGCGCCGGUGUGAAUGUGGAAGCCGAGAUGACAGCGUCUGCUCCCAAUUCUGUGAAGAUGAGCAACAGACACCAAGAUUUUCAGUCAAAGCUAAAGUACAAAAGCAGAACACAGUAGAAGCUUCAGAUAGAAUGGACCAUAACAAACCAAAAUGCACAGGACUGAAAUGUGUUUAUCAUCUCCUUAACACCAUUAAAAGGUUGGAGUCAACAAACAGCAAACAUUUACCUACAUCAAUGAAAUGGAUAUACAGAAUAAGGAAAGUAAUAAAAGACAGUCACAAUAAACUGAAGAGAUUCCCGGUUUCCAUGGCAGGCCCUGUGGCACAAUGCAGGGAUUGCAAGCGCUGAAAAACUGCCAGUUAACCAAAGCAAAGAAAACAGCACGUGUUGGCUGCUUCCACGGAAUGGAUUGCCAUUCUGUACUGGCAAGGGACCAGGGAUUGACACUUCAGUGAAGAGCUUGCCAAAACUGUUGGAGGCCAAGCUACAGCCUAGCGUAUGAAAGAAAGACUGACCAGCUGAAUGGAAAUUAAAACAAGACACCUUUUAAGAUGAAACAAAUUUGACUUAAAGUAAAUAAUACGAUGAAACUCUGCAAUUCAUGCUCACAAACUACAGAAUGGAUGUUGGUUUACCAAAAUGGGCUGAGAUGCAUUUAACAGACUAAACCAAAGAGUUCUCAAACUGAGGAUGCUGGAAAUCUGAAACAAAAACAGAAAUUGCAAGGGAAACCCAUCAGGUCUGAAAUCAUCUGUGGAGAGAAAGCAAAGUCAAUACUUUGGUUCAGGUGACCCUUCUUCAGAAGAGUUCUGAAGAAGGUCACUUGACUUGAAACAUUGACUCUGCUUUCUUCACAGAUGUUGCCAGACCCAGUGAGUUUCUCUGGUAAUUUCUGUUUUUGUUUGAGUUCUUACUGAACUCUGACUUAAUGAGAUUGGACAGAUCGAUGACCAGAGUGGAUUUCAGUCAUAUGGCCAAAAGAUUGCUCUGAGGAAUAGGAAAUGGCAUUAAAUUCAUCAAAUGAAGCAAUGAUUUCAAAGCACAUUCAAAGUAAUUGUGUACAUAAAUAGUAUGUACAAACUUAAUCAAUUUAAUAUAUUUUUCAAACUUUGUAAAUGGUGUGCUGAAACAGCAGAAUACACUUUUAAGUUAAAUCUACCUCACUGUUUGUAAGUGUUAUAUGCCCAUGAAAUAGCAUUGACCUGUUCAUGAAUACAUGGUUUGAAUACUCCACUGUUUGAAUAAUGGUGUGUUUGUGUAUGAUGACAGUAUGUUUGCAUAUGAUAGGGUGGGUAUGUAUUUAAUAGCAGUGUAUUUUGUUACUUUGGAAAUAAUGUGUCUGGAUAUUAUAUGAUUGACUACAUUGUCUGCAUGAAAAACAGUUUAUGGAUGUAAAUAAUGAACAUGAUUUUAUCUGGUAUAUUUCUGAGUGAAUAACUGUAUUCCAUUAACAGUUUUUUGUACAGCCAGAUAAAUAUUACAUCUUUAUAUUUGGUAGAUGAAGUAUAAAGGAGAUGAUGCAAUAUUUCUUCUAAAAAAUUGACAGCCAGCAGAAACAGACAUAACAGCAAAAACUGCAUGAUUGAAAUAUUAAUGAAGAUGGCAGCAAACAAUAUCCAUAUCUCUGUUGAAAGUGUGGCAUUAAUUUGCUUAAUUUUUUAAAAAUUAUCACUCACAAUAUUUUGACAUUCCUAACUUUGGUAACUGACUGUAUUUUAAACAGUGUCAUAAUGUGUCAUGCAGGCCAUAUUGGUCGAGUGUGAUUAUUUGCUGGUAUG